CUCGUCUCGUUCCAAUUCCUGCUUCCUCAGCCCAGGAGCUCGGCGGGUCUUGGGUGGGUGUAGACAGCCGCGGCGGCUGCGGCGCCGAUAGUGACAGUGAGUGCGUGAGACCCUGACGGAAAUGGCGAUGGCGAUGGCGAUGUCGGACAGUGGGGCGAGCCGCCUGCGUCGGCAGCUGGAGUCAGGGGGUUUUGAGGCGCGGCUGUACGUGAAGCAGCUCUCGCAGCAGUCGGAUGGGGACCGGGACCUCCAGGAGCACCGGCAGCGCAUCCAGGCGCUGGCGGAGGAGACGGCGCAGAACCUGAAGCGCAAUGUCUACCAGAACUACCGGCAGUUCAUAGAGACGGCCCGUGAGAUCUCCUACCUGGAGAGCGAGAUGUACCAGCUCAGCCACCUGCUGACGGAGCAGAAGAGCAGCCUGGAGAGCAUCCCGCUUACGUUGCUGCCUGCCGCAGCUGCCGCCGGAGCCGCUGCCGCCUCUGGCGGGGAGGAGGGAGUCGGUGGGGCGGGGGGCCGAGACCACCUCCGAGGCCAGGCCGGUUUUUUCUCCACCCCCGGGGGCGCCUCCCGCGACGGCUCCGGUCCAGGCGAGGAAGGAAAGCAGCGCACUCUCACUACCCUGCUUGAGAAGGUGGAAGGCUGCAGGCAUUUGCUGGAGACGCCAGGACAGUACCUGGUGUACAACGGGGACCUAGUGGAAUACGAUGCCGACCACAUGGCCCAACUGCAGCGGGUGCACGGCUUUCUCAUGAACGAUUGUUUGUUGGUGGCUACCUGGCUGCCACAGCGGCGGGGGAUGUAUCGCUACAACGCUCUCUAUUCCCUAGAUGGUUUGGCCGUAGUCAAUGUCAAGGACAACCCGCCCAUGAAGGACAUGUUCAAGCUGCUUAUGUUCCCCGAGAGCCGUAUUUUCCAGGCCGAAAAUGCUAAAAUCAAACGAGAGUGGCUGGAAGUGUUGGAGGAGACCAAGAGGGCCCUCAGUGAGAAAAGGCGAAGGGAGCAGGAGGAGGCAGCGGCCCCUCGAGGGCCACCCCAAGUGACUUCCAAGGCCACUAACCCAUUUGAGGAUGACGAAGAAGAAGAGCCAGCUGUUCCUGAGGUAGAGGAAGAGAACGUGGACCUCUCCAUGGAAUGGAUCCAGGAGUUACCUGAAGACCUGGAUGUCUGCAUUGCGCAGAGGGACUUUGAAGGGGCUGUUGACCUGCUGGAUAAAUUGAACCAUUACCUGGAAGAUAAGCCUAGCCCACCUCCUGUAAAAGAACUAAGGGCCAAAGUGGAGGAGCGAGUUCGACAGCUCACUGAGGUGCUGGUUUUCGAACUCUCCCCAGAUCGUUCCCUGAGAGGUGGUCCCAAGGCUACUCGCAGAGCAGUUUCGCAACUGAUCCGGCUGGGCCAGUGCACGAAGGCCUGUGAGCUAUUUUUGAGAAACAGGGCAGCCGCUGUUCAUACAGCAAUUCGUCAGCUUCGCAUUGAAGGCGCCACUUUACUCUAUAUUCAUAAGCUGUGCCAUGUCUUCUUUACCAGCCUUCUUGAGACUGCAAGAGAAUUUGAGAUUGAUUUUGCAGGCACUGACAGCGGCUGCUACUCCGCCUUUGUGGUCUGGGCAAGAUCAGCCAUGGGCAUGUUCGUGGAUGCUUUCAGCAAGCAGGUGUUUGAUAGUAAGGAGAGCCUCUCAACAGCAGCUGAGUGUGUAAAAGUGGCUAAGGAGCAUUGCCAGCAACUGGGUGAUAUCGGACUGGACCUCACCUUCAUCAUCCAUGCCCUUCUGGUGAAAGACAUCCAAGGGGCCUUGCACAGUUACAAAGAAAUCAUCAUUGAAGCCACUAAACAUCGCAACUCUGAAGAGAUGUGGAGAAGGAUGAACUUGAUGACGCCAGAAGCCCUGGGUAAGCUCAAAGAAGAGAUGAAAAGUUGUGGGGUAAGUAACUUUGAGCAGUACACAGGGGAUGACUGCUGGGUGAACCUAAGUUACACAGUGGUUGCUUUCACCAAACAGACCAUGGGCUUCUUGGAAGAGGCUCUGAAGCUGUAUUUCCCAGAGCUGCACAUGGUACUUUUGGAGAGCCUGGUGGAAAUCAUUUUGGUUGCUGUUCAGCAUGUGGAUUAUAGUCUUCGAUGUGAGCAGGAUCCAGAGAAGAAAGCUUUUAUCAGACAGAAUGCAUCCUUUUUAUAUGAAACAGUCCUCCCUGUGGUGGAGAAAAGGUUUGAAGAAGGUGUGGGGAAACCUGCCAAGCAACUCCAAGAUCUGAGGAAUGCAUCUAGACUUAUUCGUGUGAAUCCUGAAAGUACAACAUCAGUGGUCUAAUGCUUGGGUCUGUUUAUAUGUAUGUAUAUAUAUAGAGAGAGCUUAUAUAUUAUUUAUAUUUAUAUUAAGUUGUAUUAGCAUACUCUUUAUAGUUUCAAACACAACUUGAAAAUUAAAAGUGCCCUCUUAGAAUACAAAAAUCAAAAAGAGGAAAAGAAGUUAAAUUAAGCCCAAAUAACAAAAAUACUGGAAUUAUUAAAACAUAUAGUAUGCUAGCUAUCCUUUUAAAUUAUGCUGAUUCUCUUCUGAAAUUAUGGUCACACUAUACACUAUAGCAUUUCAGUUUUAUCCUUUGAUAAAACACUUCUUGGUUUUUUUUUUUUUUUUUUUGAGACAGGGUCUCACCCUGUUGCCCAGGCUGGAGUACAGUGGCAACGUCACAACUAACUGCAGCCUUGACCUCCCAGGCCCAGGCAAUCCUCUCACCUCAGCCUCCCAUGUAGCUGGAACCACAGGCUGGCACCACCAUACCCAGCUAAUUUUUGUAUUUUUUGUAGAGAUGGGGUUUUACCGUGUUGCCCGGGCUAGUGUUUUCUUUCUUUUUUUUUUCCGCACAGUAUAUAUUAUACAGCAGAGUAAUAAUAUCUAUAAACAUAGAGUUUAUGUUGUGAAAAUUUUCCCAGUUCACUAAAAGGUUUCCUAAAGGGUACAGUGCAGUAUAAAACACCCUGCCUCAUUUAUUUCUCCUCAAAACAUUGGACUAUUUGGGAAAAAGAAAAGCGUUGGGAAAAUUGGUUUUAGGGUAAGUUUUAGUCAAAAGAAUUCUUUCUUGAAACUAGCUGGUGUGUGGAUUCAGAUACUCUGAUCCUUACAGAAUCCAAGAGGAAGCUUUCAUAAAAACAAUUCAGCAACUAUUUCUAAUAUUAUUUGAAUGGCUAAUUUUCAGUUACUAAUUAGCAGCUUUGUAAUACUUGAUUCAGGAGCGUUUACUUGGAAAUCCUAAGGACUAUAAUAAAAUUUUUCAACAUAUUUCUAAAUUGCGUGAGUUUCCAACUGUAGGUUUUGCCUUUGUCACAUUUUAAAAAAUAAUAAUAGGCAGGACACAUUGGGGACUCUGGCAGCAGUUGCCAGGUUUUAGCUGCCACCGCUUCAGUUUAAGAUACAGCUGUCCCAUCCUCCCCCAUUCAGGGUAGGAUAUAUAGUGGCCUAGAUGUCAUGCAAAUGGAAAAAAAGUUUUAACUGAAAUAUUUAUUUAGAUUUCAGGGUCUAGAUGGAUGGGAAAUCAGAAAAACAUAUGCAAAUCUCAGUGUUCUCACUAUGACUACUCUGAGCAGAGAUUCGGUUUUGUUUCUUUUUGUACCAAAGUGAAAACAGGUGAGACAAUGUGCCCAAAACAAAGGGAAGACGAGAACCUUCUGUGACUUCUAAAAUGUUCCAUGCCGCAUUUUUCUUGUUUCAUUUUUUUAAACAUGAAUAUAAUGCUUCAAAUUGUUUAGUAAAACAAAAUCAGAAAUGUGAGCUUCCCAAGGUUUCUAAACUAUCGCUUCUAUUGUAUGUUCUAUAACAUUCCUUAUACUUUGAGAGAAACUAUGCUUGCUGUGAUCCAUUUUGUCUCUAGCUUCUAGUUGUGAUUCUUGUCCAUAAGCACCAAAUUUGAUGCCCAUGAUUUCAAAAGGUCAUUUCUUUUAUCUAAAUGAAAAUGGUGGUACUAAGACUGUGAAAAUUAUGUGAAACCUAAAAUAGUUGCCAAAAUGGCUCAGGGUUGUAAAAUUCAUUGACUUAAUUAUUCAUGUGCCAGAUCAACCCCUUUAUUUUCGCUUUAGCUAUGCAUAUUUAAAAUAUUGGAAAGUAUCAGAUUUACAGAUUUUCUUUUGACUAAUUUUUUUCACAUAACUUUAGGAUUUUCGAAAGUUAUAACCAUAACUGGAUGUCUUAGCUGAGCAAAGGCGGUUAUAAUUUGUCUUUUUAAGAUCACUGGAAAUUGUUAAAAUUUUGUGGUAAUUAUGAUUAUUCUGUGCCAUUUACAGUUUCUAAUACUAUACUGUAUGAAAUAUGUAUAAAUAUAUGAUGCUGGGUCUGUGAAAUGAUACUUCUGAAAUGAAAAUUCCUCAUAAGGCAUGAAGUUGUAAAAACUUAAAUGUGUAUAGUUAGAUAUUUAAAUGGUUGCUUCUUCAUAGAAUUGUCUGCUUUUUGAAACUGGAAGUACAGGAUUUUCUUCAGGUAAAAUCUGUAUGUUCCAAUUACAGUUGUAGCUGAAGGAAGUAUGCUUUUGGUAAGUCAAUUAGUGUGGUAAGUUGACAAAAGACCCCCAGUGUUGUACCCAGACAGAACAAUUAUGUUACAUUCCUCUAAGUGGAGUGGGCUUUCUUCUCUAAUUAUUUUGUUUUAUUAAACUCAAAGACAAGUUCUAAAAAUUGAAUGCAAUGAGAGAUUGUCCAGAAAUAUAACAUAUACUAAAAUAUACCACUUAAGCAUUGAUUGACUUUUCUUGUUUACUUCAAGAAUAUAAAACUUGUCACUUGAGCUUGGAAUCAUGGGCUUGAUUGAAUUAAUUACUCUUGGGAAAAAAGGCACCUUGUGGCAUUAAGUCUCGUUUUGAUUAAAGCCUCAUUUCACAUAAUUGCUAAAAACUCACUUUUGUUUAAUAUACUACCUAUAGUUUAAUUAUCAGCACUUGUAUUUUGUAACUUGAUAUCUUACCUAGGAUUGGGAAUUUGGGACAUGACAUGUACUAUAAAAGUCAGUCUAUGUACAUAUUGCUUAUUGAUGUGCUGUGAUAUGAGGGAAUCUGAAAUGUUUCAUAAAAAUAAAGCUUAAACAUUGUCUUACACUGGAUAAAAGUGAUAUUACAAUAUUA